AUGUCAGAUUCCUUUGCCGACCUCUGGAACUCGUCGGCACCCACCAAACCCGCCCCACCCCCUCAGAAACUCGGCGCUAGUCCACAAGUCAAUUCGUAUAACAACAAUGCGAGCCGGCGACCUCAGAACGAUCUAUUCUCAAUGCUCUCAGCAGCAUCCUCCCCAUCCAGCUCUCGUCCCAUAACACCCAAUACGCGGGCACAACAACAACAAACAGCCAAACCUGUCUCUCAUGCUGGAAAUGGAGAUGCGUUCAGUAGUCUCCUCGGCGGAUCAUUGAACGGGGGGAACUCACAGGCAAAUAUGACGAUGGCCCAACGAGCCCAGAUGCAGCAAGUUAAUGCGAAAACCAGCUCACCUGUGCCCUCAACAAGCUCCAACUCGGCAUGGGCAGGAUUGGAUAGUUUGGGGUCAUUCGCAUCACCACCGCCAGCCGCUGCGAAGUCGGGCUCAUCGUCGAUGUUAGACGACGAUGAUUGGGGGUUUAUGAACACUCCAGUAACCGCUCCUUCCCCAGCAGUGGCACCCUCCAAGACCAGUUCAAACGAUCUACUUUCCGGUGGCGGUUGGAACUCGUCUUCACCCGUUCCGAAAAAGUCGCCUUCCCCGAAACCGACACACAAAUCAAUGGGCAUGUGGGACCACAUUGACGACUUCAGCUCCCCACCGACAAAAGCAGCAUCAACUCCCCCUACUCGUUAUGCAUCGCCCUCGACCGACUUUGACUUUGGCGAUCGAGAAGAUCGCACAGAUGACUUUGACCUAUUAGGGGACUUGGGCAAGCCGGUUUCUGAGAUUUCUUCACAACGGCAGUCUACUCCGCCUGCUCCCCGUACCGCGCAGCAACCUCGGCAACAACAACCCAAACAACAGCAACAACAACAGCGUUCACCUUCGCCUCCUCCUCAUGUUCUCGGACAACUCAUCGAAAUGGGGUUCACUAUUCCACAGUCGCGCGCUGCCUUGUCGCAAGUUUACAACGACGGACAGUGGGAUGUCCAAUCUGCGAUUGACAGCUUACUCGCGUCAACUGGGGGCGCCGAGGGCAGUUCAAGGAGAGCAUCACCCGCUCCGCCGAGUCAUCCGUCAAAAAGAAGGCAAGAUGACCGUGAACGGGCUGGAUCUCCGCGCCAGCCACCCGAGCGGAACACAACACCGACAACAACCAACGACCUCUUGGCGCGUACAACCGAGCUCGGGUUCAGUCUGUUUCGAAAUGCAGAGCGGGCCUGGCAACAAGGCAAAGAGCGCGUGCAAAAAGCCUAUGAGGAGCGCGUUACUGCUGGGGAGGGCGAAGCAGCGUCUUCUUCUGCUUAUAAACCACAAAAUGGGCGGCCAAAGUGGAUGCAGCAGCAAGAGGUCAGUGAUGACGAGGACAAAGAUAUGAAAGGGAAAAGCAGGAGAAGAGAGGAUUCGGAUUCCUUAUUCAAGGAUGAAGAUGACGAGGACAGGAAAGAUGAUGGCUGGGGUGAUCAACCCAAACCGCGCAAAGAAACCGUGACAGCCCCACCACCAACUGCGGACUUAUUUGGUACGGAAGAGGUCUCCAAACCGGUCCAGCAACAACGAUCACGGCCACAAAAGCCUGCACCCAAGAGAACAGCAUCAUCACGGCCAUCUGCUCCACCCGUUCCAACUAUCCCUCCUCGAGUACAAGUUCCGCUAUCCUCUUCAACUCUCCGAACAUCUCGCACACAUUCAGCUGGCGCAAAUGAGAAGAUUAACUUGGGUCAAUAUGCCGCAGCUUCUGCACUAUACACACUCGCAAUUGAUGCCUUACCUGGUGGGCAUGUCUUGUUGGUUCCAUUAUUAACCAAACGUGCGGAGGCAAGGCUGAAAGAAGGUGACUUCCGUGGCGUCGAGGAAGAUUGUGUGAACGUUGAGGGAAUUGCGAGCGAAGGCGGGAGGACAUUGGGUGUUGAAGGGGUCAUCAAGGUUGAGGCUGAUGGGGAAAUGGUUGACAUUGAUAUUGGCGGGGCCGUAUUAGAGGCUUGGAAGAGGCGAGCAGAGGCACUAGAAGGACGAGAACGAUGGGCUGACGCUGGGAAAGACUGGGAGCGUGUUGCUGGAGCCUCUUGGGCCGGCACAAAAGACCGUGAUGAAGGUGUGAGAGGAGCCGGUAGAUGCCGCAAAAUGCUGGAGCCAAAACCUGUCGUUGCCGCGCCAAAGCCGAAGCCAAAACCCGCCCCAUCGAUAACAAAGCCCACUGGGCCACCUCCAGAGGCGGUUGCGAAAUAUCGUGCUGCUAUUCAAGCGCAAGAAGACGAGGAUACUGCCAAGUAUCAACUGAAAGACACCGUUGACGGGAAGCUGCUUGCAUGGAAAGGCGGUAAAGAGACGAAUAUCAGGGCCCUUCUGGCAAGCCUUGACACUAUUCUGUGGCCAGAGCUUGGGCUUCAAACGAGCGGCAUGAAAGACCUCGUCACCCCCGGCCAAGUAAAGAUACGCUAUGUGAAAGCAAUCGCCAAACUCCAUCCCGACAAACUCAACGCAAGCAACUCUACUCUCGAACAGCGGAUGCUGGCUAACGGCGUCUUCGGAGCACUGAACGAGGCAUGGAAUGCGUUCAAGUAG